AUCAGUUAUUCAUCCACUGCUGUCACUCUGAGUGAUAAGAGGCGAUUCCCUGCCUUCAUGAGGACCAUUCCUAAUGACAGGCACCAGACUGCUGCCAUGGUCAGUCUGCUCAGCACCUACGGCUGGACCUGGGUGGGGGUAGUAAUCACUGAUGGGAAUUACGGCCAAUCAGCUUUUGAGAACUUUGUGUCCCAGGCUUCCAAAAAUGGGAUCUGUGUGGCCUUCAAAUCCAUCAUACCUCAGGCAGUGGGCAGUCAGGACGUCCGGUCUGCUAUCACUCAGACUGCCAGGACCAUCUUUGAGAAUCCUGAGGCUCAGGUGAUCGUGUCAUUUGCCAAGCCCACUCUCAUGGUGUACCUCUACCAGGAGCUUAAGAACCAGAUGCUGAGAGGAGGACAGGACAGGAAGUCUAUGAGAAGAGUCUGGGUGGCCAGUGACAGCUGGUCCUCCUCCAGCUCCGUGAAGGAAAACAUACAUCUGGAGGAAAUGGGACAUGUUCUGGGCUUCACCUUCAAAAGUGGAGACCUAUCGUCAUUCAAUGAGUACCUGAGCAGACUGGAGGCAGCUGGACAUGACGAUACAGGGGAUAACGUCUUCCUGCAGGAGUUCUACACGCAGCUGAAUGCUAGUGAAGGUUAUGGAGACACUGAGCUGGUGUCUAAGGCUGUGGAAACCCUCAGAGAACACACUCAUGCCGGCAACAUCUUCAGUGUGGAGAUGGCUGUGAGCGCCAUCGCUCAUGCCCUGGUCUCAGUCUGCAGGAACAGAGACUGCAGAACCCCCGGCACAGUGCAGCCCUGGGAGUUGCUGAAAGCUAUGUGGAUGGAGGAGUUUAAACUGAGAGACAAGAGCUUUAAGUUUGACAGCAGCGGAGACAUCAACCUGGGCUACGACGUGACCAUGUGGAGGUCAGACGGAGAGAACAUCCACGUCCGGAAUGUCGUGGCUGAGUAUCACCCGCACAACAACAGCUUCACCCACAGCAACCACAGCACCACCCAACAGCUCAAUGCUCUGAAGCACAUCAUCUCCAAAUGCUCCAAAAGCUGCGUACCUGGGGAGUCAAAGAAAACCACCAAGGGUCCACACACCUGCUGUUACGAGUGUGCCAUCUGUUCUGCAAACUACUACUCUAAUGACACAGGCAAGACAUUCCCCUUCACACUCACAUUUGUUUACAUGCACAAAGAGUAA